GCGAGCCAGCCGAGGAGGGGAUGAGUCUGGUACCGGUACUCCCCGUCAGAACGGUGUGUCCGGGGGGAGAGGCGGUGGAAGGGGAACGGCUGCGGAGCGGGGGGAUGCAGCCGCCGCCGGUGGUGAUGAUGAGGAGGCUGGGUGCAGCCCAGCAGACAUGCAGGAUGAGGACAACGAUCCGGCACGGAGGAGAGAGAUCAGGAGCAAGUACAGGGACCUCAUCAACUCUGUUCAACGUGAGUAGUGGGGAAGAGGGUCUGCUAAAUGACUAAAAUGUAAUGGAAAUGUAAUGUAGUGGUGACUGUCUGGAAAUGGUAUCCAUGGGUCAUUAGUCCCCAAUUCUCCACACUUUUCACAAAGUGUGCACUUGUCUUGGAUUCUCCCUGUCAUUGAUUUCAAAGUAUUUAAACGUAUUGGAUUGGUAUAAGCAUUGGCUGGAGGGAAUUACCACCAUUUUUUAAAUCCGUGAUGGGGAGAAGGGUGGAGAUUCUGUAGGCAGAUGCCGGCCUGUGACAGGUUUGUGUUAAACCUCCCAGGUACCUGGACACCUGUCAAUUAAAGGUCCAGUAUGUAACUUUGUGGGCAACCUGACCAAAUUCACAUAGAAAUGUGAGGUCUAGAUCUGUCUUUCUCAUUGAAAGCAAGUCUAAUACAGCAGCUUCAAACAGCUGAAAACACUAGCUAUAUUUUGGUUCUAUUUCACAGCGGUUUAGAUUGUAUAAUGAUUCUCUGCGGUAUUUUAUAAUUUUUAUUGGGCGAAUGUGAUAGAAUUUUAGCAACCAGGAAAUGGCGGAGCGAUUUCUACAUAUUGUACCUUUUUAACCAAUCUUUUCCUUCUCUCUUCUCCCCAGAGAACAGAGAGGACAUGUUGAGUCCCACCAACAACAAACUGACAGACGUGUUGGAGGAGGCCAACAAACUCUUUGCAGAAGGUAUGAUAGGAUCUGUCAUCUACCUACCUACCUACAGUCCUUCCUUCCUACCGACAUACAGUCCUUCCUACCUACCUUCCUUCCUAUCUACCAACAGUCCUUCCUUCCUUCCUACCAACCUACAGUCCUUCCUUCCUACCUACCAUCCUUCCUUCCUUCCUCGAAGUAACCACUGAUCUAACAUAGUCAGAUUGGUUAGAGCUAACCCCUGCUUUAACCUAUCUAGUAAUGUCUGAACCAGUGAUUAUUCCAAGGAAGGAGGAAGGAAGUCAUUUUUAAAGAUGUUUUAGUAUCUCAAUCGAAUAUCCUCUCUGUCUUCUUCCUCUUCUUCCUCGCUGUCUUCUUCCUCUUCUUCCUCGCUGUCUUCUUCCUCUUCUUCCUCUCUGUCUUCUUCCUCUUCUUCCUCGCUGUCUUCUUCCUCUUCUUCCUCCCUGUCUUCUUCCUCUUCUUCCUCCCUGUCUUCUUCCUCUUCCUCCUCCCUGUCUUCUUCCUCUUCCUCCUCCCUGUCUUCUUCCUCUUCCUCCUCCCUGUCUUCUUCCUCUUCUUCCUCCCUGUCUUCUUCCUCUUCCUCCUCCCUGUCUUCUUCCUCUUCUUCCUCCCUGUCUUCUUCCUCUUCCUCCUCCCUGUCUUCUUCCUCUUCCUCCUCCCUGUCUUCCUCCUCCCUGUCUCCUUCCUCUUCUUCCUCCCUGUCUUCUUCCUCUUCCUCCUCCCUGUCUUCUUCCUCUUCCUCCUCCCUGUCUUCCUCCUCCCUGUCUCCUUCCUCCUCUUCCUCCCUAUCUUCUGUUUUGUCUCCUCUCUCCCAGUCCGUCAGGCCCGUGAAGCAGCUUUAGAUGCCCAGCUCCUGGUGCUGGCUACAGACCUGGGGAAGGAGAAAGCCAGCCAGCUACACGCAGAGGGAUCAUCCUUCGACCCCUCAGCCUUCGCUGAACACCUGGUAAGUAGGAGGAGGAGGAUGGGAGAAGGGGGAGGUUGUGGAGGAGGAGGGGAGUGAGAGGUAGAGGAGGAGGGGGAGGUAGAGGAGGAGGAGGAUGGGAGGAGGAGGGGGGAGAAGGAAAGGGAGGAGGCAAAGGUGAAGGCUACCGGUUGUCAGAUUGCUAAUCCUUUGUGUUCCCGUUGGUCCACCCAGCUGUCAUUCAUGGGUCUGAAUCGCCUGGAGGAUGAAGAUGAAGAUGUGGAGGGUGGAGCGAGCGGUGGCUACCUCCCCCAGGACGCCUGGCAGAGGGUGGCUAACAGAGCUCAGUGCUGCUUCAGGACUGCCCCCUCUUUCCACUACAUGUAAGUGUGUGUGUGUGUGUGUGUGUGUGUGUGUGUGUGUGUGUGUGUGUGUGUGUGUGUGUGUGUGUGUGUGUUUAGAGAGCAGAGGGUAGUUAACAGAGCUCAGUGCUGCUUCAGGACUACCCCCUCCUUCAACUACAAGUGAAUCAGCGUAUUUGAGGGGAUCAGUUUAAGCACGGCGAGGCCCAGAAUUGCUAGUAUUGAUCACAUAAUAAGUAGUUUGAUUUUGUAGAUCAGUGAUUCUGUACAGUCUUGUUUGCAUGUAGUCGAACGCAAACAUCAUCCUCCACCUCUUUGGGAUGCUUGGGUCAAAGGUGACCGCUCACCAAGUAUACACAGAGAAAAUGUCUAAAACUCUCUGACUGACUCUCUGUGUCUGUCUCUACCAGGAUGGGAUCGUUCCUGGCUGAGCUGCCUCCACCUCGCCAGAGGGUAGAGAGACAGAGGAAAGCUCCCAGCAAGGAAGCCAAGAGGAUCAUGCCCACCCAGGUAUCCACUUUAACACUGACCCCCAACCUGACUGUCCCGGAGGAGUCACCAGAUCAUCCCAGCACAGCUCUGUAUGGCCCAGUAGUGUGUCCCCGAGUGGCGCAGUGGUCUAAGGCUGUGCCACUAGAGAUCCUGGUUCGAAUCCAGGCUCUGUCGUAGCCGGCCGCGACCGGGAGACCCCAUGGGGCGGCGCACAAUUGGCCCAGCGUCGUCCAGGGUAGGGGAGGGAAUGGCCGGCAGGGAUGUAGCUCAGUUGGUAGACCAUGGCGUUUGCAACGCCAGGGUUGUGGGUUCGAUUCCCACGGGGGGGCCAGUAUGAUAAAAAAAUUUUUUAUAAUAAUAAUGUAUGCACUCACUAACUGUAAGUCACUCUGGAUAAGAGCGUCUGCUAAAUGACUAAAAUGUAACCGUAAAUGUGAUAAGCCUUUUGGUGUUUUACAUAGUUACUCUAUAAUAGGGCUUUGAAAUGAGAUCAGUUGGAUCAGCCAGGACUGUGUUUAGUGUUUCUGUCCAGCUGGUGAUGAUGGGGAAAGCUCUCCCGGCCCUAGCUGGAUAGUUCUCUACUGAAAAAUAGAUUUUUAUGUCAACGAGACUAACCUGGUUAAAUAAAGAAAUCAAUAUUUGAUGUCAUUGUCUGUUCCAGUUGAAGAAGAUGGAGGAGUCUCACCAGGAAGCUACAGAGAAGGAGGUAGAGAGGAUUCUGGGAUACCUGCGGAGCUACUUCUUUGACGACCGUAAGUCAUGACUCGUCUUAUUAUUAUAAUAACAUAUUUAUGUAGCGCUUUUCAAGGACCCCAAAGUCGCUUUACAAUCGUAAUAAAUAAAUAAAUAAAACAAGACCGCAGACUAGGGGGAUGGACCUUGGAUCCUCUACUCCAAUGUGCUUUGAGAGAAAGGGGAAGCAUUGAGGAAUCAUGGAUUUGUUGGCCAGUAACAUUUUCAGGCAGAGGCCUGUGGGUGUUUACCCAUAAAAUGUUUAUUUAAUUAAAUGUUUAUGAACAUAUGUUCAUUCAAUAGAGAAUUGCAUCAGGAAAACAAUAGUCCAAAUCGUCUGUAACUUUCAAACCAUAUUUGGUAGAGACAUACGGUUUGAAAGUUACCGACGAUUUACUCUGAGAAUCUAGCAUGAUUAGAGUGAAUAGAAUGUAAUUACGGCCAUGGUCAGACGUGAUGGCUGCUCAAUAGAACUCGGCAGGUAGCUUAGUGGGUAAGAGCGUUGUGCCAGUAACCGAAAGGUCGCUGGUUCUAAUCCCCGAGCCGACUAGGUGAAAAAUCUGUCGAUGUGCCCUUGAGCAAGGCACUUAACCCUAAUUGCUCCUGUAAGUCGCUCUGGAUAAGAGCGUCUGCUAAAUGACUAAAAUAAAAAUAAAAGAAACUGUCACUGCUCCGUGGGCAGAACGGCGCUAACUUCAAACGUCAACUAACAAGCUAGCUAGCGGCAACCGGUUUAUGUGUGAUAACAUGGGCUUUUUCUAAAUGAAAUCCACGUAAUACAAAACAAAAUGUAGCCUAACCAGAAGAAGAAAAACCCUGUUCCCGACCCCCCUUCCUCCCACUGAUGCUGGUCAUAGGCUACAGUAGUGGUCGGCUACCCUUUUUUCAUUUGGAGUGCCAAGUUAUCGUAGCAUUUCUACUGAUCUGCGUAUCAGUUAUGAUUUUCAUAUGCACAUUUUAGUGGAACAGUUUCAUUUCAUUUAUAAUAAAGUCUUGUUAUCUCAAAAUUAAUGUCGUGUGGUUAAUCAAAACUCUUUAUCUAAAUGAUACAAACCUAAAAAGUAACUUCUAUUGCCAUUGUUAACUAUGUAAAAAAAAAUAGCCUACAGGUCCUAAUCCAGGCACUUGUCCUCUCUCCCGUCUGGACUACUGCAACUCACUGUUGGCUGGGCUCCCCGCUUGUGCCUUCAAACCCCUGAAACUUAUGCAGAACGCCGCAGCCCGCCUGGUCCUCGACCCCUCCCCCCAAAUAAAAUAAAAUAAAUUAAAAAUAACACUUAACCAGCACUUGCACUUUCUGUGCCCUCCAAGUCACCCGCUCCGGACAGACACAGCUGUAGGCUAUUUGAAGUAUUCUAUGCCGUCUCCCCCAGAUCAGAGCAUUACAUUUUUCCCCCCUUUCAUGUGUCCACUCCUACAAUGACAACGGUAAGACUGGAAUAAUAAUAUAUUGAAUGCAUUAACAGAAAUGAGCGUAACCAAACAAACAUAGUAGAUUAGACAUUAUGGGAAUUAAUGUAAAUGUACUACUGGUGAUGCUGGUGUACCACCCCCGCGGCUUCCGCAAUGGAUUAGUCCACUCAGACAGGCCUGAAUCAGACAGGUGUCUGGAGUAGUCCACUCAGACAGGCCUGAAUCAGACAGGUGUCUGGAUUAGUCCACUCAGACAGGCCUGAAUCAGACAGGUGUCUGGAUUAGUCCACUCAGACAGGCCUGAAUCAGACAGGUGUCUGGAUUAGUCCACUCAGACAGGCCGGAAUCAGACAGGUGUCUGGAUUAGUCCACUCAGACAGACCUGAAUCAGACAGGUGUCUGGAUUAGUCCACUCAGACAGGCCUGAAUCAGACAGGUGUCUGGAUUAGUCCACUCAGACAGGCCUGAAUCAGACAGGUGUCUGGAUUAGUCCACUCAGACAGGCCUGAAUCAGACAGGUGUCUGGAUUAGUCCACUCAGACAGGCCUGAAUCAGACAGGUGUCUGGAUUAGUCCACUCAGACAGGCCUGAAUCAGACAGGUGUCUGGAUUAGUCCACUCAGACAGGCCUGAAUCAGACAGAUGUCUGGAUUAGUCCACUCAGACAGGCCUGAAUCAGACAGGUGUCUGGAUUAGUCCACUCAGACAGGCCUGAAUCAGACAGGUGUCUGGAUUAGUCCACUCAGACAGGCCUGAAUCAGACAGGUGUCUGGAUUAGUCCACUCAGACAGGCCUGAAUCAGACAGGUGUCUGGAUUAGUCCACUCAGACAGACCUGAAUCAGACAGGUGUCUGGAUUAGUCCACUCAGACAGGCCUGAAUCAGACAGGUGUCUGGAUUAGUCCACUCAGACAGGCGGGAAUCAGACAGGUGUCUGGAUUAGUCCACUCAGACAGGCCUGAAUCAGACAGGUGUCUGGAUUAGUCCACUCAGACAGGCGGGAAUCAGACAGGUGUCUGGAUUAGUCCACUCAGACAGGCCUGAAUCAGACAGGUGUCUGGAUUAGUCCACUCAGACAGGCCUGAAUCAGACAGGUGUCUGGAUUAGUCCACUCAGACAGGCCUGAAUCAGACAGGUGUCUGGAUUAGUCCACUCAGACAGGCCUGAAUCAGACAGGUGUCUGGAUUAGUCCACUCAGACAGGCCUGAAUCAGACAGGUGUCUGGAUUAGUCCACUCAGACAGGCCUGAAUCAGACAGGUGUCUGGAUUAGUCCACUCAGACAGGCCUGAAUCAGACAGGUGUCUGGAUUAGUCCACUCAGACAGACCUGAAUCAGACAGGUGUCUGGAUUAGUCCACUCAGACAGACCUGAAUCAGACAGGUGUCUGGAUUAGUCCACUCAGACAGGCCUGAAUCAGACAGGUGUCUGGAUUAGUCCACUCAGACAGGCGGGAAUCAGACAGGUGUCUGGAUUAGUCCACUCAGACAGGCCUGAAUCAGACAGGUGUCUGGAUUAGUCCACUCAGACAGGCGGGAAUCAGACAGGUGUCUGGAUUAGUCCACUCAGACAGGCUUGAAUCAGACAGGUGUCUGGAUUAGUCCACUCAGACAGGCCUGAAUCAGACAGGUGUCUGGAUUAGUCCACUCAGACAGGCCUGAAUCAGACAGGUGUCUGGAUUAGUCCACUCAGACAGGCCUGAAUCAGACAGGUGUCUGGAUUAGUCCACUCAGACAGGCGGGAAUCAGACAGGUGUCUGCAUUAGUCCACUCAGACAGGCCUGAAUCAGACAGGUCUGGAUUAGUCCACUCAGACAGGCCUGAAAUCAGACAGGUGUCUGGAUUAGUCCACUCAGACAGGCCUGAAUUAGACAGGUGUCUGGAUUAGUCCACUCAGACAGGCGGGAAUCAGACAGGUGUCUGGAUUAGUCCACUCAGACAGGCCUGAAUCAGACAGGUGUCUGGAUUAGUCCACUCAGACAGGCGGGAAUCAGACAGGUGUCUGGAUUAGUCCACUCAGACAGACCUGAAUCAGACAGGUGUCUGGAUUAGUCCACUCAGACAGGCCUGAAUCAGACAGGUGUCUGGAUUAGUCCACUCAGACAGGCCUGAAUCAGACAGUUGUCUGGAUUAGUCCACUCAGACAGGCGGGAAUCAGACAGUUGUCUGGAUUAGUCCACUCAGACAGGCCUGAAUCAGACAGGUGUCUGGAUUAGUCCACUCAGACAUGCCUGAAUCAGACAGGUGUCUGGAUUAGUCCACUCAGACAGGCGGGAAUCAGACAGGUGUCUGGAUUAGUCCACUCAGACAGGCCUGAAUCAGACAGGUGUCUGGAUUAGUCCACUCAGACAGGCCUGAAUCAGACAGGUGUCUGGAUUAGUCCACUCAGACAGGCCUGAAUCAGACAGGUGUCUGGAUUAGUCCACUCAGACAGGCCUGAAUCAGACAGGUGUCUGGAUUAGUCCACUCAGACAGGCCUGAAUCAGACAGGUGUCUGGAUUAGUCCACUCAGACAGGCCUGAAUCAGACAGGUGUCUGGAUUAGUCCACUCAGACAGGCCUGAAUCAGACAGGUGUCUGGAUUAGUCCACUCAGACAGGCCUGAAUCAGACAGGUGUCUGGAUUAGUCCACUCAGACAGGCCUGAAUCAGACAGGUGUCUGGAUUAGUCCACUCAGACAGGCCUGAAUCAGAUAGGUGUCUGGAUUAGUCCACUCAGACAGACCUGAAUCAGACAGGUGUCUGGAUUAGUCCACUCAGACAGGCGGGAAUCAGACAGGUGUCUGGAUUAGUCCACUCAGACAGGCCUGAAUCAGACAGGUGUCUGGAUUAGUCCACUCAGACAGGCGGGAAUCAGACAGGUGUCUGGAUUAGUCCACUCAGACAGGCGGGAAUCAGACAGGUGUCUGGAUUAGUCCACUCAGACAGGCCUGAAUCAGACAGGUGUCUGGAUUAGUCCACUCAGACAGGCCUGAAUCAGACAGGUGUCUGGAUUAGUCCACUCAGACAGGCCUGAAUCAGACAGGUGUCUGGAUUAGUCCACUCAGACAGGCCUGAAUCAGACAGGUGUCUGGAUUAGUCCACUCAGACAGGCCUGAAUCAGACAGGUGUCUGGAUUAGUCCACUCAGACAGGCCUGAAUCAGACAGGUGUCUGGAUUAGUCCACUCAGACAGGCCUGAAUCAGACAGGUGUCUGGAUUAGUCCACUCAGACAGGCCUGAAUCAGACAGGCGUCUGGAUUAGUCCACUCAGACAGGCCGGAAUCAGACAGGCGUCUGGAUUAGUCCACUCAGACAGGCCGGAAUCAGACAGGCGUCUGGAUUAGUCCACUCAGACAGGCCUGAAUCAGACAGGCGUCUGGAUUAGUCCACUCAGACAGGCCUGAAUCAGACAGGUGUCUGGAUUAGUCCACUCAGACAGGCCUGAAUCAGACAGGUGUCUGGAGUAGUCCACUCAGACAGGCCGGAAUCAGACAGGUGUCUGGAUUAGUCCACUCAGACAGGCCGGAAUCAGACAGGUGUCUGGAUUAGUCCACUCAGACAGGCGGGAAUUAGACAGGUGUCUGGAUUAGUCCACUCAGACAGGCCGGAAUCAGACAGGUGUCUGGAUUAGUCCACUCAGACAGGCCUGAAUCAGACAGGUGUCUGGAUUAGUCCACUCAGACAGGCCCGAAUCAGACAGGUGUCUGGAUUAGUCCACUCAGACAGGCCUGAAUCAGACAGGUGUCUGGAUUAGUCCACUCAGACAGGCCUGAAUCAGACAGGUGUCUGGAAAUCAGACAGGUGUCUGGAUUAGUCCACUCAGACAGGCCUGAAUCAGACAGGUGUCUGGAGUAGUCCACUCAGACAGGCCUGAAUCAGACAGGUGUCUGGAUUAGUCCACUCAGACAGGCCUGAAUCAGACAGGUGUCUGGAUUAGUCCACUCAGACAGGCCUGAAUCAGACGGGUGUCUGGAUUAGUCCACUCAGACAGGCCUGAAUCAGACGGGUGUCUGGAGUAGUCCACUCAGACAGGCCUGAAUCAGACAGGUGUCUGGAUUAGUCCACUCAGACAGGCCUGAAUCAGACAGGUGUCUGGAUUAGUCCACUCAGACAGGCCUGAAUCAGAUAGGUGUCUGGAUUAGUCCACUCAGACAGACCUGAAUCAGACAGGUGUCUGGAUUAGUCCACUCAGACAGGCGGGAAUCAGACAGGUGUCUGGAUUAGUCCACUCAGACAGGCCUGAAUCAGACAGGUGUCUGGAUUAGUCCACUCAGACAGGCGGGAAUCAGACAGGUGUCUGGAUUAGUCCACUCAGACAGGCGGGAAUCAGACAGGUGUCUGGAUUAGUCCACUCAGACAGGCCUGAAUCAGACAGGUGUCUGGAUUAGUCCACUCAGACAGGCCUGAAUCAGACAGGUGUCUGGAUUAGUCCACUCAGACAGGCCUGAAUCAGACAGGUGUCUGGAUUAGUCCACUCAGACAGGCCUGAAUCAGACAGGUGUCUGGAUUAGUCCACUCAGACAGGCCUGAAUCAGACAGGUGUCUGGAUUAGUCCACUCAGACAGGCCUGAAUCAGACAGGUGUCUGGAUUAGUCCACUCAGACAGGCCUGAAUCAGACAGGUGUCUGGAUUAGUCCACUCAGACAGGCCUGAAUCAGACAGGUGUCUGGAUUAGUCCACUCAGACAGGCCGGAAUCAGACAGGUGUCUGGAUUAGUCCACUCAGACAGGCCUGAAUCAGACAGGUGUCUGGAUUAGUCCACUCAGACAGGCCUGAAUCAGACAGGCGUCUGGAUUAGUCCACUCAGACAGGCCUGAAUCAGACAGGCGUCUGGAUUAGUCCACUCAGACAGGCCGGAAUCAGACAGGCGUCUGGAUUAGUCCACUCAGACAGGCCGGAAUCAGACAGGCGUCUGGAUUAGUCCACUCAGACAGGCCGGAAUCAGACAGGCGUCUGGAUUAGUCCACUCAGACAGGCCUGAAUCAGACAGGCGUCUGGAUUAGUCCACUCAGACAGGCCUGAAUCAGACAGGUGUCUGGAUUAGUCCACUCAGACAGGCCUGAAUCAGACAGGUGUCUGGAGUAGUCCACUCAGACAGGCCGGAAUCAGACAGGUGUCUGGAUUAGUCCACUCAGACAGGCCGGAAUCAGACAGGUGUCUGGAUUAGUCCACUCAGACAGGCGGGAAUUAGACAGGUGUCUGGAUUAGUCCACUCAGACAGGCCGGAAUCAGACAGGUGUCUGGAUUAGUCCACUCAGACAGGCCUGAAUCAGACAGGUGUCUGGAUUAGUCCACUCAGACAGGCCUGAAUCAGACAGGUGUCUGGAUUAGUCCACUCAGACAGGCCUGAAUCAGACAGGUGUCUGGAUUAGUCCACUCAGACAGGCCUGAAUCAGACAGGUGUCUGGAAAUCAGACAGGUGUCUGGAUUAGUCCACUCAGACAGGCCUGAAUCAGACAGGUGUCUGGAGUAGUCCACUCAGACAGGCCUGAAUCAGACAGGUGUCUGGAUUAGUCCACUCAGACAGGCCUGAAUCAGACAGGUGUCUGGAUUAGUCCACUCAGACAGGCCUGAAUCAGACGGGUGUCUGGAUUAGUCCACUCAGACAGGCCUGAAUCAGACGGGUGUCUGGAGUAGUCCACUCAGACAGGCCUGAAUCAGACGGGUGUCUGGAUUAGUCCACUCAGACAGGCGGGAAUUAGACAGGUGUCUGGAUUAGUCCACUCAGACAGGCGGGAAUCAGACGGGUGUCUCGUGUGCCAUAAUAUUUCUUAAAAUAUAUUUGCCGCUGCUCGACUAAAAUAAUCUUGGUCGACCAAACGAUCGACCAGUCGACUAAAUGGGGUCAGCCCUGCGUUCAUAUUUCAUCAACACUGUUAAGUACAAGCAUAUUAAGGUUCUACUAUUGUAGAGAACAAGCAAAUGAUUCAUUUAUGUAAUUCAUAAUGGCACAGGCUAAAGAAAAUGAAAUAUAGACAUUAAUUUAGUAGCACUCUCUUAAAUUGACCCGUAUUUCACUACAUCCUAGAGCAGUGAGUGAAUGCACCUAUGAGGUGUAACAAAAUGUUUUAUAAAACUCUUGUUGUAGACAUUUUUUAAUUUAGGUAGAAAUGAUUUGAUAUUAGUUGGAGCUAUUUGUGAUGUACCUUUCUCUUCUUGCAUCUCCAGCCACAUCUCCCAUCUCCUACUAUGAGUUUGUCAUCGACCCCACCUCCUUCUCCCGCUCUGUGGAGAACAUCUUCCACACCUCUUUCCUGGUCAGGGUGAGUGUGGUUUAUCCUGCAGGGAUUACGUUCAGGUAUGGUCGGGGGACGAGGAGUGGUUUAUUCUGGUCAGGGAUCACAUUCUCAUACUGAAAUGUAGGCCCUCACUGUGUUUGGAUUAGUCCCUGAAUAGAAGUGUGUUUGGACUAGUGCCAGAAUUAGAAGUGUUUCCUAGGUGACGAGUUGUUAUUAGAUACCAGGAAGCCACUCCAAGGCACUGCUCUCCCUAACACUUCUCCUAUUGAUAUUUCAUCUGCAUGGUAGGUGAUGGUGGUGUUUGUGUUUCUCAGGAUGGUUUGGCGAGGAUUUACCUGGAUAAUUGCAAACUUCCUUGUAUAGGUAAGAAAUAACCUCGUAUUGAGACCUUUUUUUACUUUUUAAAGCUGUUUGGGUAAUCAUUUUUCAUUAUAGUGUUGUUCAUUGUCGUAACCAAUCAUGAAUCUGGCUUUAUGUCUUUCUGUGUGUGUGGAACAGCCCCUGUGGAGGAAGGAGAGGUGGAGGCUGGAGGAGCAUCUAACAGGCAGCAGUGUGUCAUCUCUAUUAGCCCUAAGAGCUGGAAGGUAACACACACACUGGGACACACACACUGGGGGACACACACACACACACACACACACUGGGACACACACACACACUGAGACACACACACACUGGGACACACACACUGGGGGACACACACACACACACACACACACUGGGACACACACACACACUGAGACACACACACACUGGGACACACACACUGGGGGACACACACACACACACACACACAUGGGACCACACACACACUGAGCACACACACACUGGACACACACAUGGGACACACACACACACACACACACACACUGGGACACACACACACACAGAGACAACACACACACUGGGACACACACACUGGGGGACACACACACACACACACACACACACUGGGACACACACACACACUGAGACACACACACACUGGGACACACACACUGGGGGACACACACACACACACACCACACUGGGACACACACACACUGGGACACACACACUGGGGGACACACACACACACUGAGACACACACACACUGGACACACACACUGGGGGACACACACACACUGGGGGACACACACACACUGGGACACACACACACUGGGACACACACACAUUGGGACACACACACACAUUGGGACACACACACACACUGAACACAACACACACUGAGACACACACACACACUGAGACACACACAUUGGGACACACACACAUUGGGACACACACACACUGGGACACACACACACACUGGGACACACACACACUGGGACACACACACACUGGGACACACACACACUGGGACACACACACUGGGGGACACACACACACACACUGGGACACACACACACACACUGGGACACACACACACUGGGACACACACACACACACACACACUGGGACACACACACACUGGGACACACACACACACACACACUGGGACACACACACACACACUGGGACACACACUGGGACACACACACACACACUGGGACACACACACACACACUGACACACACACACACUGGGACACACACACACUGAGACACACACACACACACACUGAGACACACACACACACACACACUGAGACACACACACACUGAGACACACACACACACACACUGAGACACACACACACACACACUGGGACACACACACACUGAGACACACACACACUGGGACACACACACACACUGAGACACACACACACUGGGACACACACACUGGGGGACACACACACACACACACACACACUGGGACACACACACACUGGGACACACACACUGGGGGACACACACACACACUGAGACACACACACACUGGGACACACACACUGGGGGACACACACACACUGGGGGACACACACACCACUGGGACACACACACACUGGGACACACACACAUUGGGACACACACACACACUGGGGGACACACACACACAUUGGGACACACACACACACUGAGACACACACACACACUGAGACACACACACACACUGAGACACACACAUUGGGACACACACACAUUGGGACACACACACACUGGGACACACACACACUGGGACACACACACACACUGGGACACACACACACUGGGACACACACACACUGGGACACACACACACUGGGACACACACACUGGGGGGACACACACACACACACUGGGACACACACCACACACACUGGGACACACACACACUGGGACACACACACACACACACACACACUGGGACACACACACACUGGGACACACACACACACACACACACACUGGGACACACACACACACUGGGACACACACGGGACACCACACACACACUGGGACACACACACACACUGACACACACACACACUGAGACACACACACACACUGAGACACACACACACACACACUGAGACACACACACACACACUGAGACACACACACACUGAGACACACACACACACACACUGAGACACACACACACACACACUGGGACACACACACAGAGACACACACACACUGGGACACACACACACACUGAGACACACACACACACACACACACUGAGACACACACACACACACACUGGGACACACACUGGGACACACACACACACACACUGAGACACACACACCCUGAGACACACACCAACACACACACUGAGACACACACACACACACACUGGGACACACACACACUGAGACACACACACACACACUGAGACACACACACACACACUGAGACACACACACACACACACACACACUGAGAGACACACACACACACACACUGGGACACACACACACUGAGACACACACACACACUGGGACACACACACACUGAGACACACACACACACACUGAGACACACACACACACACACACACACACUGAGACACACACACACUGAGACACACACACACUGAGACACACACACACACUGGGACACACACACACUGAGACACACACACUGGGACACACACACACUGGGACACACACACACUGGGACACACACACACACUGGGACACACACACACUGGGACACACACACACUGGGACACACACACACACACACACAUACUGAGACACACACACACGCACUGAGACAGGGACACACACACACUGGGACACACAGACACACUGAGACAUUGUUUUCAGCAUCAUUUAUUGUAACUCUUCCUCCAUACGUAGUACACAGCAGUAGAGUUUGUACAGGAGUUGGUUGUUGAUGAUGUUGAUGAUUGUGUUCUGUUCUGUCUCUGUCUCUCUGUAGGAGUUAAUCGAGGCCUUUGAUAUCACCGAGCCACUGAUCCAGGUUCCCAGCACACAGAAUGAUGCUGAUGUGUAACAGCUAGUUAUUUUUAAAACAUUAGAGCAUUUUUAUUGACUUUAAAUCUAGCUAAUAAAUAUUAGUUUUCUAUUAAUAGUCCUUGUUGGCGGCUUUUGUAUUUUUUGAUUAAAGAGAGUGAACC